AUGGCUAAUCAAGAUUAUACUUCAUUAUUGAAGAAAGGUGUUUUGAGUAUUAAUAAGACUAUUGAAGCUCAAAAAGAUGCUAUAAGUAACCUUGAAACUCAGUACAAUACCGAUGAAUUCUCCCAAGUUCAUCUUUGGAAAUCUUUAGACAUUUUAUUAAGUACUAAAAUCAAAGGUGGCAAAGUUGUUACAUGUGGUGUAGGUAAGAGUUAUAAGAUUUGUUGUAAAAUUACUGCUACUUUGAAUUCUUUAUCAAUUCAAUCAGUUGCUUUACAUCCAACUGAAGCUUUACAUGGGGAUUUAGGUGUUUUAAAUGAUAAAGAUUGUAUUUUAAUGUUAACUGCUAGUGGUAAUACUCCAGAAUUAAUCAAUUUAUUACCUCAUAUUUCUAAAUCGAUACCCAUAGUUUUAUUAACAUGUGGUAAGGAUUCUAAGUUAGCUUCAUCUAAUCAAGUCAAAUCAUUGUUAUAUACUCAAUUACCUAGUCAUUUGAAAGAAGAAUCGAUUCAUGGUAUUCCUGCUCCAACUGUAUCAGCCACAUUAUCAUUAAUACUUGCGGAUUCAGUGGUUUUGGCAUUAGCUGAACUUUUAGAAGAAGAUGUGUUAACAAGGAGGAAAAUGUUUUCUAUUAAACACCCUGGUGGUUCGAUAGGAGCUAAUUUAAGUCAUCUUAAUGAUAAUAUAACUCCUAAUAGAUCAAAUAAGACUAAUGUCACUUAUGUUAAUGACAAAAUAGUACCAACCAAAUCCUCAACUAAAAGUUCAAGUUUUAGUGAUAGCUCAGCCACUUCUGUUAAAACAUCUAAACCUUGCAGCAAAACUUCAAGUUAUUCGUCAAUUUUAAGUUUAGGACAAAUUUGGAAUGGCCUCCAUAUCGGAUCACCCGAAGCUACUUCAGUGAAUUCAUCGGAUGAUGAAGUGUUCAUUGAUGAAGUGUUGGCCACCAAAAUCAAAUCUUCUAAUAAAGUUUUCACUUGUUCUUUAGAGAAAGCUUCUUCAGUUACAGAACUUGACUUUUUGAAAAAUAUCACUUUGUUUGAUUAUUGGGUUAUUACUGGAAGUAUCAAUUUGGGAAGUGAUUGUGAAGAAUUAAAAAAACUCUAUAGUAAUAACGGUUGGGAUGAGUUAUCAAUGAAAUUGACUUCAAAUUUUAAAAAUAUAGGUUAG